AUGUCAUCUUUCACCAUCCUGUAUCCAUACACCUCCUCUCUCCCCUUCAAUAUCAACCCCGACCCUGUUCUCUACUACGGGAACCCCCUCAUCAUGCCCGUCCUCGUCAACAACAAUGAGCAUGAGGGUGAACAGUCAAUGCCUCGAGCUCCCUCUACCCAGUCCUACGCACCGGGUUGCUUCACCAACCUGCGGAAUGAGAGCAAUCAGCCUGUCGACCAGCAAUCUCCCCUCCCAACUCACUCCAUGCAACGUCUCCUCCCACGGCGUCGUCCAUCUGAGUAUCGUCCUUCCCUCAAGCUUCCUCCUGUCGAUACUACAUUCACUACAUCCUCAGCCGACAAGCCUCUUCCCUCAAUUGAGGCCAUCUCUGGGAUGACUCCGAUGCCCUCGAUGCCUGCCACAACUAGUAUGGCUCCCCAGUGGUGCAUGGGUCCCGCGCCGUCCAUGGUCGCCAUGCCUAUUAUGGCUCCAAUGAAUGGCCUACCUCCUCUACGGAGAUGGAAAGCGCCAAACCCCAUCACCACUGCUCCACCACCUGCGCCUUUCUCCGCGAGACCCAACACGAGAAAACGCAUCAUGAUCAGCACUGGCCGGCCCACGACAUCCCGUGGGCUGACCACAGCCAGCGUGGUGGACGGGCACCACCCCAAGUCCGAGGGAGCCUACUACCCUCCCACGAAGCGCAUCAAGCGCGAGCCCACCGACGCCCCCAGCAAGCCAUCCUGGGCAGUCCCCUCCGAAACCGACAACGCCUCCAUUAUCUCCCUGCCCCCACUGCCGGCAUCUCUCGUGGCCCCCAGCCGCAACAGCAACCCCCCGCCAUGCAGAACCCCCCCAGCACCCAUCAUCCCCGCCCCGCUGGAGCCCUUCCCCGAAGCGGGGACUAUCAUGAACUUCCCGCUUCCGCAAAUCGACCACCAGGGACAGCGGCCCGCAGCGACAGCCGGUUACUACUCCUCUCUCGAGGAUGAUGCCCUGUACCAAACACAGGAGCCAUCCGAGAUUGAGGAGGCGUACCGUGCUGCGCUGCGGGUCCGCGAGAGGGUGGACUGGGACUGUAGGCGGUUGGGGCUGCGGCUGCGGUAUCUGCGUCGGUGCCGGGCGAGGAUGUCGGAGCGGAGUUGGCAGAUGAGGGAGAGUGAGUGGGAGCGGGAUGACUUUGUGGAGCAGGCUUACGGUCGCUGA